AAUCAUAUCGAUCUCCACCACCAUUUUCUAAGCACACGCCACAACGUACAGUACUACGUACACAAUCUAAAGGAAAUGGCUUCUUCUUCUUCUUCUUCCUCCUUUUCUUCGACAGCCAUGAUCGCACUCGCUCUGCUUUUGGUGGUUUUCACGGGUAGCUCCUCUGCUCAACUCUCUACAGGUUUUUACUCCAAAAGUUGCCCCAAGGUCUUUUCCACCGUGAAAUCGGCUGUUCAGUCUGCAAUUUCACAAGAACGCCGGUUGGGUGCUUCUCUCCUUCGCCUUCACUUCCACGACUGUUUUGUCAAUGGCUGUGACGGGUCGGUGCUCCUAGAUGACACUUCCUCUUUCACAGGAGAGAAGACAGCAGGUCCCAACAACAGAUCCAUUAGGGGUUUCAGGGUUGUCGAUGAUAUAAAGUCAAAGGUGGAGAAAGUAUGCCCGGGAGUUGUGUCGUGUGCUGAUAUCUUAGCCAUUACUGCUCGUGACUCUGUUGUAACUCUUGGAGGGCCUAGCUGGGAUGUUAAACUUGGAAGAAGAGACUCCAAGACAGCCAGCUUUAAUGAUGCCAAUAGCGGCGUCAUCCCUCCACCCACUUCUACCCUUAGCAACCUCAUCAAUAGAUUCCAAGCCAAAGGUCUCUCUGAGAAAGAUAUGGUUGCCUUAUCUGGAUCCCACACAAUUGGGCAAGCAAGGUGUUUAGUUUUCAGAGAUCGCAUAUAUAACGAGACCAAUAUUGAUAGUUCAUUUGCCAAGUUGAGGCAGGAUCAAUGCCCGAGGAAAACUGGCGGCCGCAAGAAUCUUGCACCUCUAGACCUCCAAACUCCGACUGCUUUUGACAACAACUACUACAAGAACCUCAUCGAGAAAAAGGGUCUUCUUCACUCCGAUCAACAAUUGUACAACGGUGGAUCUACUGAUUCACUGGUUAAAACCUACAGCAACAAUGCUGAGUCCUUCAAUGAAGACUUUGUUGCGGCAAUGAUCAAAAUGGGAGACAUAGAGCCCCUCACCGGAUCGAGUGGCGAGAUUAGGAAGAACUGUAGGAAGGCCAACUAAUUCAGGGUGCAUAAUGAAAUCCUGAAAAAAAUUGAAAAGGAAUUUGUGAGGAUUAUUUCUUUCUCCAUCGAAGAAAAAAUCCAAGUUUGUUAAUUUAUUUUUUUGUCUUGUACUGUGAGAAAAUACUUGUUUGUUUGCUUAUAGUCAAGUUGGAAGUACCGUUUGUUGUGAGUCGUUAUUUGUGGAAAGCUGUAUUGCAAUAAAGAAUAUCCUUUUUGUUC